AGAGCAAUAAGGGAGCAUUGACUAGGGUAAAAAUACCACAUAGAAUCCCCCUCCGUCAGUCCUACUCUUACGUUCCUCCUGGCGCGGAAUCCGCUUCUUGCACCCCUCCUCUUGCCAGUUCCACCGCUCCCCCUUCGACUAGGAGCCUCGUCGACUAGUAGCGGCCUCGUGCCGGGUUGCAGAGCGAACCGGCCGGGUGAACCGGCCAAGUGAAGUGCCGGCCUGAACGAACAGCCGGCCAAUUGAGUUGUCCCCAUAUCGCUUUCGUCUGACUGAUUGCCUGCAGCACAGCACCUCCGCAAGACCCGCCUGUUCACGCCAAGCGGGGCUGCGUUCCGCCUCAGUGCCAUCCUCUGCUGCUGCUGCUGCUGCCGCAACCACGUUCACUGUUGCGCGUGGCAGCAGGCAUGGGGGCUCUGUGCUGCUGCCCGCGGCUGGAGGACUUUGACGAGGUGGGGGGGUACGGCUCCUCUGGGCGAGCUGGCAACAGCGGCCGCAUGGGAGGAGGGGGGGGAGGAGCAGGAGGAGGGGGAGGAGGGGCUGUUUCUCGGUGCCUGCUGUUGCAGCAGUGUUUGUGUUUGCACUGCCUCGUUCGCUGGCUGCUUCAGUCCUACGUCAGGGUCCGUGCUCAAAUCGAUGGGCGUCCCCCUCCCGACCCGUCAGACCCCUCCUCCUCCUCCACGCCCCUGCACGGCCCCUCUCCCUCCUCCCCUUCCUCCUCCUCCUCCUCUGCUAUCCCCUCCUACUCCUCCUCCUCCCCCUCUCACCACCACCACCACCACCAUGGAAGCACCUUCUCCUCCUCCCCGUCCCCCUCCUCUUCCUCGUCUCGCUCCCUACCAUCUUCUUCCUCUGAGCCGUUUCCAGAUACGUUCCGUGCUCCUGCUCCCCCUCUUCCCUUCUCCUAUGACAUGGGGGGGGCGCAUUCCAGGGAUGCUGGUUGGCCGAGAUGGGGCGGCAGGGGAGGGGGCGGAGGGGGCGGAGGGGGUGGAGGGGGUGGAGGGGGAGGGUUGGGAGAGGAUUCCAGUGUGGGGGAGAGUAGAUGGGAGAAGGGGGGGCGUGGAAGUGGGUUUGGUGCGUCUGGUGGCGCUGCUGCUGCAGAAUUUGGUGCUGCCGCUGCCGGGAGCAGUGAGAGAAUGUGCUUGACAGGAAAAGAUAGCGCCCCAACUGGGUCUGUCAACAGCAGCGGUGGCAGCAACAACAACAACAGCAGCAGCAGUAUUCGUGGCGAGACUCUUGACUCCCGUCCCCCCUCCGUUCCGUUUCUACAGAGACGGGUGGCAGCAGCUGCGGCUGCCGCUGCUGCAGCAGCCGCUGCGGCUGGUUCCGCUGCUGCUUCGGCUGCUGCUGCAGCUGCUGCCGCCGCUGCUGGUGCUGCUGCCGGUGCUGCUGCCGGUGUGGCAGGUGACGAUAGGGGGGACAGGGACAGCUCGAGGGUACCUCUUAUGCGCUCCAGGCAUGAAUCAAGCUCAACUGCUAGUGCUUCUGGUAGUAGUGGUGGUGGUGAUGUUGCUGCUGCUCGUGGUGGUGGUGGUGGUGGUGGUGGCGGUGGUGGUGGUAUGGGUGGGUCAUUGUCGUUCUCUCCAACAUCCAUGUCUCCAUUCCAGGUUGAAAGCCCUGGUAUGUCUGGCAUGGCGUUUUUGCCAGGGACGGAGGGGUUUCCCAGUGCUGCUGAUGGUGGUGGUAGCGGUGGUGCUAUUGGUGCUGGUGGUGCUAGUGCUGCCAAUGGGGGCAAUGGCAGUGGGGGCAGGGGAGGAGGGGGCAGUGGUGCUGGUGGCGGCAGUGGUAAUACAGGUGACAAAACGUUUGGGGCAGCGGCAGUGGCAGCGGCAGCGGCAGCAGCAGCAGCGCCAUCGUCUGCUUUGUCGUGGUACCUCUCUCGGGUAGCAUCGUCCACGUCCCUUGCAGAUGAGGACUGCUGCCCCACCUGCCUGGAAGCCUACACGGAGGACAACCCGCGCAUCAGCACUGAAUGCGGCCACGACUUCCACCUGGGGUGCAUCUACGAGUGGAUGGAGCGGUCGAACCUCUGCCCCGUGUGCAGCAAGGAGAUGCAGUUCAGUGAGUUCAUGGCUUGACAGAGUGUGUCUCCACUCGCAUCCCCUGUGCUCCGUCAAGAGUUCUACCGAGGUGCAUCAUAGCAUGUGCUACAUCCAUCUGUACACUUCCUCGGGCGGCGGUGCCAUGUAUCAUACUACGGACCGGAAUCCAACACAUGAUACAACUGUGCUGUGGGCACGAGAGCACCAAGACGUGUAAUGGAAACACCACCUGUAUCCUGCCAAAUACUUGGUUUUGGCCUACCUAGAGGGUGACAUUUCCCCGCGGAGACAUGUUUCUCCAACACCUGCUAUUCAUUGCCUUGUUGUACAUAGUUACAGGUCGAGAAGAGGUGCAUAUUCGUGUAUGAAUGGACGUGCUAACAUAGGAUAUGGGAUGACUUUUGCGUAUGUGCCAUGCGCUCAACAAUAAUGAGGUAUAUGAGAA